GGUGCUGAAACAACACAUUGCUCGCGCACCAGAAAGACUGACCGAGAAGACAAGCAGCAAUGGAAAGAGUUUCAUGGACACUUUUUCUGCUUUCUCUCACAUACCUGGAGAGGUCUUCACAAGCGUUCACACAGACCCAGUUCAUCUGUACAUCCGUGCCCAAGGAUAUGGACCUGUGUGCAGCCACUAUGCAGAACAGUGGACCGGCUGAUGAUCUGAAGAUCACCGUCAUGCAGUUAAGAGAAACAGUUCUACAGCAGAAGGAAACUAUCAUGAACCAGAAGGAGACGAUUAGGGAAUUAACUUCUAAGUUGAGUCGGUGUGAGAGUCAAAGUGUUCUGGAGCCCGUGGCUGGAGGUCGGAGGAAAGAACCGGGCAAGAACACGAUGGGAGACGUGUCCCGCGGGCCAACCGAUACACUAGCCCAACUUGGUCAGACUUUAGCCACCCUUAAACAGAGGCUAGAAAACCUUGAGCAAUACAGCAGGAACAACGGCUCUGUACAGGCGAACAGUCUCAAAGAUCUGCUGCAGAAUAAGAUCGAUGACAUGGAAAAGCAGGUGCUGUCCCGGGUCAACACUUUAGAGGAAAGCAAACCCGUGCAGAAGAACAACACGGAUCCGCGCAAUCGAGUGGAAUCAACACUCACCUCUUUACAUCAAAGAAUUAACGACCUAGAGAAAGGUUCAAAAGGAAAUUGGCCACUGGACAAGUUUCAGAUAACGUUACCUUUACGAACAAAUUACAUGUAUGCAAAAGUGAAGAAAAGUCUACCAGAAAUGUAUGCCUUCACUUUCUGCUUGUGGAUAAAGUCCAACGCAUCACCUGGUGUGGGAACACCCUUCUCCUACGCUGUUCCUGGACAGGCCAAUGAACUUGUACUCAUAGAAUGGGGCAACAAUCCAAUGGAGAUCCUAAUAAAUGAUAAGGUUGCAAAGUUACCUUUUGUCAUAAACGACGGUAAAUGGCAUCACAUCUGCAUCACGUGGACAACUCGUGAUGGCGUAUGGGAGGCGUUCCAGGAUGGUGUGCUACGUGGACAUGGAGAGAAUCUGGCCCCCUAUCACCCGCUCAAACCCAACGGAGUGCUGGUCUUAGGUCAGGAGCAGGACACACUUGGUGGGGGAUUCGAUGCAACCCAAGCCUUUGUAGGUGAACUGGCGAAUUUCAAUGUAUGGGACAGAAAACUGUCACCUGGGGAGAUCUACAGCCUGGCAACCUGCAACAACAGAGCACAAGCUGGCAAUGUGUUGUCAUGGUCAGAGAGUAAUAUCGAUGUGUUUGGUGGAGCCACUAAAUGGACUUUUGAGCCCUGCCGUCAGCUCAACUGAACUGCAAUGGGGCCAAAGCCAAUUCCUGAUCCUUGUUUGUAGUUUUUGUCUUUAUUGUCCUCAGUUAAAAGUUUGAGAAGGAAAAAAAAACAUUACUUGAUUAAUUGAUUUAAAGGUAAGAUUAAACCUGGGGUUUCUUUGAAUACCUGAGUAUUUCUGUGCAAAUCAAACAUUUCCUGUGGGUUGUCUUGCAAAUCUCAGUGACAGUGUUACUACAUGUCAUUUCAAUUAAAAUGUUCUUUCUUUUUUCUUUUUUUGCACACACUUUUAAUUUGCUUAGAUUUUAUUAAUAUGUUUUUCCCUUGUCCAGCAGCUGCAAAACUGUUUCUUUGAAAUGUUUUGAACAGAAAAUCAACAGUGCAUCAGAAAAUACUCUUGAGUUUUCCCCACAUUGAGACUUCUCUGAUGAGGCCGAUCACAAAUCGGCACCAUUUAAAGUCACAAACAAGAUGGUUGAUUUCAUAUCUGCACUUAAAGGUUCCCCACUCUCACCGGAGUUUGCACUGUGAUGGACAAGAAAAUGAGGGUUUUAUUUGUUGAUGGACAGUAAUAUUUCAGGGCACUUCCUGUAUUUGUUCCUAGUGAUCUAAACAAUGUAUCUGUAUGAAUAUCGUUCAGUUGCUUACAGCCUGAGUGCCUUGAGCUGAUGCAUCAGUUCAGCACAUGCCUUUAGUUUGCCUACUCUUUGUUUUACACUUUAAAUAUUUGCUUUAUUUGAUUAAUUGUUGUUCUUAUUUCAACAGCGAUUGUUAAGGCACUGGUGUGUUUUAACAGGUGUUUGUACUCUGUUCUAGGAAUGUUAUUCGUACAGUAACAGCAUGAAAUGACCAAAUGCUGCACAUCAAUGCUGACAUCUGCUUCUCCUAUUGUUUUGGGUCGGGUUUUCUACUGUAUUGAUAUAUGCUGAAAGCAUGGCACUAUUUCAAAAUGAUAAAGAUCUAAUUUUUUUAAUAAAAUUGAAAUUGUGAAAAAGUCUAUCACAAGAAUGUGGCCACUGAUAGAGAGAAAAAGGCAAAUUAAAAGUGUGCCCAAUUGCACCUUAAAGUCAAUUGUCAUCCUCUCUUAUUUUCUCUCUCUCUCUCUCUCUCUCUCUCUCUCUCUCUCUCUCAGUGUAUGUUCAUGGGGCAAUUGUUUUACUGACAGAUACUAUCCUCUCCACAGUAUUUUUCAUAUAAGGUAAUGAGAGAAAACAUGCAUUGCUACCAAGAGGAAAGAAACACAUGUCCCAGAAGUAAUGCCUUGUCACUUUGUACAGUUAGGUGAUGGUAGGUGUCUGUAUAACCAAUACUAGUUAACAAUGAACAGCAGGCACUUGGAAUACUUAGUCAUUGGCCUGUGUUGAAGCAAGAAUGGAUUAUAGAUAGGCAAGGAUGGAUCUAUGGUGAUAGGAAAGGAUUGGCCAACAUUAUACCUCACAAUUUUGACUUAUUUUAGCACAUUUGCAAUGUAAUUUAUCAUUAUUUAGACAAUAAAUAACUGCAACAAGAGGCGAUCUUUCAAAGAAGCUAGUGCCUGGGGUAACAAAGAACCAUGAUCUAUCCUUGUUAACUUGGACUCAACAAACAGAAUUGCCAAAACAGUCACUCUUCAUACUAAUUCCAGAAUAUAUUUGCCAUUUUUAUUUGUUUGAAAUCCUAAAUUUACUGUGUAUUAUCACACUGAGAAUCACACUGAGAAACAAUGGGUUCAUUCAAAAGCUGUAUAAUGUUGCUUUCCGAGGCUUUAUAUGAAAUAAA